AUGAGAGUCAUCGAGCGGCAACUGCAAUUAGCCGUGAACAAGAUUUUAGACUGGUGUGAUCACAAUGGCCAUACCCUUUCACCUUCGAAAAGUUCAUGCAUUCAUUUCUGCCGGAAACGCACCCUUCAUAACGAUCCCGUCAUCUCCAUUCAUAACAUUACUAUCCCUGUUGUACCUUAUACAAAAUUUUUAGGCGUCAUUUUCGAUUCUAAGUUAACCUUUCGUCCUCAUAUUGUGUACUUGCGCAAAAGAUGUGAACAGAUACUGAAUAUGUUGCGUGUUCUGUCGAAUACGUUCUGGGGAGCGGAUCGUCUAGCACUUUUACGUAUCUAUCAAGCCCUGAAACUAUCGAGGCUGGACUAUGCAUGCGCAGUCUAUGGUACGGCAACCACUUCUAACCUACGAGCCCUAGACACAGUACAUCAUGCUGCUUUACGCAUAUCUUCUGGAGCAUUUCGUACUUCUCCAGUGGAAAGUUUAUAUGUAGUUUGCCAACAAAUACCAUUACAUCUACGUCGCAUGCAGCUGUCUCUUACUUAUUACUUCAGUGUCAUGUCCUCUAAAUCGCAUCCCUUAAAGCAUGAUGCUAUUUCAUCAAGCUUGGAGCGACUGUAUUUGGCUAGACCAUCACACAUUCGCCCAUUUCAUGCUCGCACACGUUCACUUAUCCAAACAUUCGAUAUUUGUGAAUUGCCAUCACAAUCAGUGGAUCACUUUCUCAUACCUCCAUGGACCAUUUCACCAUAUCAAUGUAUUUCCCUUUUCAAGUUCUACAAUAAAGCCAACGUCACACCCGGCGUUUUUCAUAAAAUCUUCACUGCACAUCGUCACCAAUAUUCUCAAUAUAUACCGAUUUUUACAGACGGUUCAAAAUCUGUUGGAUAUGUAGGCUGCGGUGUAAUCAUCGCUGAUGAUACAUUUAGUUAUAAAAUCCCACAUAUUUGCUCCGUCUUCACUGCUGAAGCUGUUGCUAUCCUUAUGGCACUACGACUAAUUUCCUCAAACUCUACUCGAAAGUAUUGCCUAUACUCUGAUAGUAUGAGCGUUUUAAGCCAACCAGAGAAGUUUCACUAUGAUAGUCAUCCAAUUUUAUGUAUCAUCAUUCAUUUGUUAAUCACUCUUCAGAAGAAUGGCUUCGAGAUAAUAUUUUGCUGGGUACCAAGUCAUGUUGGUAUUCCAGGGAAUGAACGAGCUGACUCAGCUGCACGAUCUGCCACAUCUGCCUUAUCAUUGUCCAUACCUUUCGCCGAUGUGAAGAUACACAUCCGAAAAUUUGUAACAUCAGUAUGGCAACAACAAUGGGACCUCAAAGUUUUAAAUAAAUUGCAUAACAUUAAAUCUGUUGGAGCUAAUCUUCCAACGCUGAAAAGGAAGAAUUGCAUGCAUGCAUGGCGCUGCAUGAUGCAACUCGCAUACCGUUGGGUCCUUGCGGAUAUACCAAUGCAGACAAUGUUCCAAAGUUUUAGAGAGGAAGAAAUGUCCGAUGGACAGACACAAAUGCGGAGAAACAGUAUAAUCCACCUGGGCAUCUGUGUUUUCUGA